AUGUGUGCUUCGAGCCUUGCAGUUGAGAUGAGUGAUCAGAAAAAUGGCGGUGACCACGAGGAUGACUUAGACGAGCUGUCUGCCAGUGAUGAAUCUGAGCCUGAAGGAGGACUCAGCAGUGCUCCGUUUGACCCCGAGCUGGACGACGAUGAUGAUGAUGAUGAUGAUGGGGGGGAGGUUGUGCUCUCUGCUCCUCCUGCUGGACGCCUCGUUCAGAGUCCAUUCAGUCUGAGAGGAGGGGGCUCGGCGUUCUCAAACCGCAGCCACAGCAUCUUUGAAUGUCUGGACAGUGUGGCCCGCCUCGCCUCCUCCUCCGCCUCUUCUUCUUCCUCCUCCUCUUCCUCCUCCUCUCAGAACCACCGCCCCGUUUCAGACGGAGUGUUCGCCCGUCCUCUGCCUCCACCUCCCAGCAGGAAGACGAGUCAGCCUGCGCCCAGCUCCCCCACACCAGCGAAGAAGAGAGGAGUCCCCGACUACCUGGUGCACCCUGAGCGCUGGACCCGCUACAGCCUGGAGGAUGUGACGGAGACCAGCGAGCAGGGCAACACCAGGGCCGCCCACAACUUCCUGUCCAGCCUGCAGCAGAGCAAGGAGCCGCAGGAGAGUGCUGGGGACUCAAACCUCCAACACAAGAUGGUCUUCUCCAGACCCAGCGGGCUGAAGGAACAACCUGCAGAUCCACCCACAGCUGCUACAGGCAGAGAUAAGGAGGCCCGCCUCCGGCUCCUGGAGGAAGAGGAGUGCAGGAAGAAGGACACACGCCUCAGUCAUCUGGAGGAAGAGGAUGCCGUAGAAGAGAAAGAAAUGGCUGAAGCAAGGAGAACCGAGCAGAGGGGAGGAAAUGCUGAGGAAAAAGACACAAGGGCAGCUGUGGGGGGGGCAGAGGAGGAGAAGAAGAAGGUUCAGAAAGGUGUGCAGGAAGGGGAGGACGUCCCCUCCUUCAGGAAGACCAAGCGUAAGAACUACAGGACGAGCGCAGGACAGGAGGACAACUGACUGUUCAUGGUUCAUUUCAAUGUGCUGACAUUACUGUUCUCAGAGCAGCUUCAGCCAACACUGAGCUCUGGAGUGAACUAUCUGUUUCCAUGUCAUCAGGCCUGGCUUACCACUCAGUAAAGUAGGCUAGUUUUACACCCACGGCUGAGGAGUGUUUCUUUCAUUUCCUGGCUUCAUGUUGUUGUGUUCCAAUGUAAAGUGUUGUCUGUUCAAGAGUCAGACGUGGUGUUAGCAUCAGCUCAAUGAGCCACAGCGGAGCGCUAACAGUGAGACGCUGCCUCUGUCUGACAUCAAAAUGCCAUUGUGACUAUCAUAUUAACUGUUAUAUGUGCUGAAAAUAAAAACAAGCAUGAAGAGGGGCUGGGUUUAAACGGAGGGCUGAACCUGGGAGGGGAUUAGAUUCAGUGUUGUCUUAAAAUGUCUUGUUGCAUGUUCUGUAUUUUGGAAUAGUCUUAAAUAAAAAAUAUUGAUUUGUA